UAUGUGUGGGUAUGCUUCAUUUAUUUUUUUCUUUCUAGAUGAUUUGGCUUUUAAAAUGUGCACAAACAAAAACUCACUUUGAGUUUAUCGGAAAGAUCCAGCUGGUUGUGUUUGAAUCUGCUCCGAGAUACUAUGGGGAGCGCUGUGGAGCGGCUCGUCCUCUUUGGGUUUCUGCUGGCUUUGGCUGCUGCACAACCAGCGAAGGAUGACUGGGACAUUUACAGCUUUCACAUCAACUCCACCGUUAGCAGUCGAUAUGCCACCACCGUCAUCACCAGCCGUGUGGCCAACCGUAUGGAUCAGUCAAAAGAAAUUGCCUUCCAUGUUCAGAUUCCCAAGAAUGCCUUCAUCAGUAAAUUCAGAAUGAUGAUGGACGGGGAAGUGUUUGAUGGAGUUGUGAAAACUAAGGAACGAGCUCAGCAGCAGUACACUCAGGCUGUGCUUCUCGGACAAAGUGCUGGAAUUGUCAGCUCUGUUGGAAGAACCAUGGAGGAAUUUAAAACCUCUGUAACUGUGGCGGCCCACAAAAAGGUCACCUUUGAACUCACCUAUGAGGAGCUGCUGAAGCGAACCCACGGCAAAUAUGAGCUGCAGAUCCAUGCUCGACCCAUGCAGCCCGUCAAAGACUUCAAGGUGGAUGUGCACAUUCAUGAGAAAGCUGGGAUCAGAUUCAUUGAUGUGAAGGGAGGACUGAGCACCCUGGCUAAUGCUGUCACCAAAACACAUGCAGACAAACAGGCGUCGGUUUACUUCUAUCCGACUGUGGACCAACAGAAAACUUGUGAGAGGUGUGGAGAGCAAGGUUUGAAUGGAGAUCUGGUCAUUGUUUAUGAUGUCAACCAAGACAACGGACUGGGAGACAUCAGGAUUUCAGACGGUUACUUUGUCCAUCACUUUGCUCCAUCUAAUCUUCCCCGAAUACCGAAGAAUGUCGUCUUUGUUAUCGAUAGAAGUGGCUCAAUGCACGGCAGAAAAAUAGAGCAGACUCGAGCGGCUUUAAUCCACAUUUUAAAUGACCUGACAGAAGACGACUUCUUUGGUAUCAUCUGUUUUGAUCAAGACAUAUUUCACUGGAAAAGAGAACUUGUUCCAGCCACUGCUUCAAAUGUGGAGAGGGCUAAAGAGUUUGCACAGAGUAUUUUUGAAAGAGGAGCUACAAACAUCAAUGGAGCGGUGUUGGAAGGAGCUUCGAUGCUGAAUGCACAAAGCAGGGAAGGCUCGGCUUCCAUCCUGAUAUUUCUCACAGAUGGAGACCCAACAGCAGGAGAAAUUAACUUAGAAAAAAUACAGUCAAAUGUCAGAGAAGCUAUUGCAGAAAAAUUUCCUCUCUACUGUCUUGGCUUCGGCUCUGAUGUCAAUUUUGAGUUUUUGGAGAAAAUGUCGCUGCAGAACAAUGGUGUGGCAAGACGGAUUUAUGAAGACUCUGAUGCCGAUUUACAGCUCAAGGGUUUCUAUGAAGAAGUGGCCACUCCUUUGUUAACAGAUGUGACAAUGAUCUAUGUGGGUGGAUCCAAUCUAACCCAGACUAAUUUCAGUCAGUACUACAACGGUUCUGAGAUUGUUGUGGCCGGUGAGAUCACUGACAACAACAUUGAAACCUUCACUCCCCAAGUCGUGGCUUACUCAGUCAACAGAACAGUGACAUUUUCUAACACAAGUGGUUCUACGGACCAUCCCAGUGAAACAGUGACCGAAAACCUUCUGCAGAGGGUUUGGGCCUACCUCACAGUGAAACAGCUUCUGGAGAGAGAGCUGCUGUUAUCUGGACCUGAGAAAGAGAAAGUGAAUAAAGAGGCGUUGGAGCUGUCCCUAAAGUACAGCUUCGUUACCCCGCUCACAUCCAUGGUGGUCACCAAGCCUCAGGGGGAGAAAUCCGUCCUCCACAAACCCAAAGAGGGGGUAACACCACUGUCCCAAGGAAUUGCUGGGUCCUUACCUGCAGGAGCUAUAGGAUCUUAUCCCAGAUUUUCUCCUAAUCCUGGAAUUGCUGGGUCCUUACCUGCAGGAAGGGCUAGGUCCAUUUCUGCAGGUUCGAUAUCAGGAUAUCCAAUUUUGGUUGACCACCAGACGACAAGCAUAGUAGCAGUAUCAAGAGAUCAAGGAAGACAAUUGUCAGGAGAUGUUCCUGCUGUUGUUGCCCUUCCUGGCUCUGGUUUUGGAGGUUUAGGAGUUUCCGCAAUUUCCGAUCAUGCUGGUCCUCCAAGUCCUGCUGGUUUUGGUCCUCCAAGUCCUGCUGGUUUUGGUCCUCCAAGUCCUGCUGGUUAUGGUCCUCCAGAUCCUGCUGGUUAUGGUCCUCCAAGUCCUGCUGGUUUUGGUCCUCCAGAUCCUGCUGGUUAUGGUCCUCCAGGUUCUGCUGGUUAUGGUCCUCCAGGUUCUGCUGGUUAUGGUCCUCCAGGUUCUGCUGGUUAUGGUCCUCCAAGUCCUGCUGGUUAUGGUCCUCCAGGUCUUCCUGGUUUUGGUCCUCCAAGUCCUGCUGGUUUUGGUCCUCCAGAUCCUGCUGGUUAUGGUCCUCCAAGUCCUGCUGGUUUUGGUCCUCCAGAUCCUGCUGGUUUUGGUCCUCCAAGUCAUGCUGGUUAUACUCCUUCAGGUCCUGCUGCUUUUGGUCAUCCAGGUUCUCGUGCCCAUAUCAGUCACCGAUUUCUGGUUAAAACUGAGAACCACUCUGCUUCCCUUUGCUUUGAUGUGCCUGGAUCUCAUGUUCUUAAACUUCUUCAUCAUCCCAGCAAGGGGAUGUACAUGAAUGGCGAGCUUAAUCCAGUGACAAAUGGGGGCUUCAAAAAAAUUUUCAUCCAAGUUCAAGGUGACCAUUAUGUUGACAUCGACCCAGAGGGAAUCAGGGUCCUGCAGGGAACGUCUGUGACCCGGCUCACUGGACAGAAUCCCAUCCAAGCUGGAAGUCUUACAGUGACUGCUCGAGGUCAAGAAACAGAUGUUACAGCAGAAGACUUGCACAUCGUCAUCUUAGUUCAUCAGAGGGAUGGCAACAAAUUCCUUUGGCCUGUUUUAAAAAAGAGACCGACUGCCAGCAACAUUGAUGGGAUUCUAGUUUUUAUAGCUUCAACACCAGCUAAUUUUACUGUGGCACCACAACCAUACCUCACAUUACUGAAGAUCCCAGGCAUACCUGAUAGUGUAGUGUUCAGUUCAUUUGCAACCGACUACAGUGUGACCUCUCCUGUGACUGUGCAGUGCUGGCUCACAAUGAAUCCCUUUGUCCUAGGAAAACCUCUGUAUUUUUAUGUUGUAUAACUGUUCAAUAAUUCAAUUCAAAUCAGCUUAUUUUAUGAAAUAAUGUUGAAAAUUAUUUUAGAAAUAACUAAGGCGUGAAGUAAAAAGUACCAAAAAGAUUACAAUCUUCUUUUUUAUUGGUCAGACAGUGCAAUUAAGAAUAGUGAAUACAUUUGUGUUUUUAUCUACCCCAUAAACGACGAAAAGAAAUGUAAACAUGAACAACUUUCUAACAAACGACUUAAAUGUAAAGGUUGAUCGGGUCUGGUGGUGUGAGGUCUGGUGACAAUCCAACAGCGUGAGUUAUUCUUUGAUAGUUUGAUAUCCUGUAAUUAUGUUUCAGCCUCUUAUUUUGAAGUACGAAAGGAAGUAGUCCUUAAUUUGCUGUUUAAUGUUGAAAGAAUCCACUAAGUAAGACUUCUUACUAAUUGUCAGUAAACAGGUUUCAUUCAUUUAUUUGAAAUGAUCUGUAAAGAAAAACUAAACACAGAGAGAAAAGAUAGAAUGAUUUGUUGGCACUGUGAGAUAAUGUGCCUGGCUAACCAAUAAAGAUGCUAAAAUUAGCUUAUGUUUCAAAGGUUCUUGAAGUUCUUAAAGACUGUUUUUUACAAGUUAUCAUCAUCAUGAUAAUCAGUUCAAAAUCUGUAAUUCUUACACAUAAAAAAUAAGACCUUGAUAAGUCAGAACAUAAAAACAGUUCACAAUUUUGUUCUGUGAUCUACUGUAUGUUUAUGUUGAUUUUUUUUGGCAUCACAACCACUUGAUAAUUUGAUGAGCAUGACAUCUGCCUUAUUAAAUCUGAAAAAUAA